GUUCCCCUUCUUAACGGAGUAUAAAGAAGGAAAAUCGUCAGUCUCUCUCCCAUUAAAACCCGACCCCCCAUUAAAAACCCAUUAAAAAAACCAACUCUUCCCUCGUUUUCUCUGGUCUUCCGAAACUCUCUCGCCAACCAAACAUUUUUCUCCUAAAUCUUUGCCGUAUCCAUUAGAAACUAACCCUUUUUUUUUUUUUUGGCUAAAAACCAUUGCAUGAACUUAAACACCGUUUGUAAAAAAAAGGAAAUGAAAAAACUAGCGAGCAUUAAGAAGAGAAGUAGUAGUUUUUGCAUGUGUUUUGAUUCAGUUGUUUUUGAAAACGGUUUGGUGGUUGGAGAAGAAGGAGAGCCGCCGUCGGAGGAGGAAGUUAAACCGGUUCUUUCUCCGAUGGCGAACAUGAUGAGUCCGGACGACAAAGACAAUGAUGUUAUGGGCUCUUGUGGUCGGAAAAACAAACAUGGUCGUCGCAGUUUCUCCCGCUAUGUCAAAGCCCUCUUCUUUGAAACUUCCCUGAUGAAGAAAAUGCGAAGCAAAAAAUUGGGACAAAAGCUCAACCGGAAUUACACCAAUUUAAAAUAUUCCAAACCCAUAUCAAAAUCAACAAAUGACAGUCCAUCAAUGAAUGAGGAUAAUCACUCAAAAAGAAGUACUUCUAGUUCUACAUUUUCACCUUGUUUAUGUACAACUUCUACGAUGAAUUCAACAUCAACAACAGCAACAACAUCAAGGUGUUCAUCCUCAUCAGUUUCUUCGAAUUCAAGGCUUUCAUUAUCCGAAACUAUGGAAAACAAUAAGCAAGGAAAGGUUGGAAAUGGCAAUGGCUUUAAUGUUGGUAUAUGUUUGUUUCUUAUUAGCCUAUGGGUUUUGGUCAUUUGGGGUAAGGUUUGUGCCAUUUUUUGUACUUCAACCUGGCUCUUCUUCGCAUGUCGAUGGAGUAAAUUUAAACCUGUUCCAUCAGAAAUUAUUGCAGUUGAUCAUCAUUUUCCUGAGAUUGAUACAGAGCUUCACAAGAAGAAGGUUAUCAUGGAAGGAUUACUAGAAAGGAAUCAUACUCAAAAAUCGAAAUCCUUUCCCCUACUGAAACUAUGAUACAUAAGCCAGAGCAGAAGUAUCAGAUUCCAUUUUUUUUGCUUAUAAAAUCAGGGAUGUCUCCAAAUUUUUCAAUACAUUUUGCAGUUUUGUCUAUCUGAAGAGAUUUUUGAUUUGUAUUGUAUACUUAUCAGACAAAUCAGGCAUUGGAGCAAUUUUUUCAAUAUGUUCUUCAUAUCACAAGAAAAUGGCAAUUGUACAAAUAUCUAUACAAUUUUAUAAUUUAAGCACAGCUCGAUAGCAUUAUUUACCAGAUUCUGGCAUGUAUUGAUAUCUUGGUUUACAAAAGCUGUUAACAUUUAGUUGCUUUGAUCAUAAAAAGAGUUAUCAAACAAGUUUUUAAAGCUCUUUGAUAACUUCUAUCUCUGAUUGGACUAACUUGCUCUGAUAUAUGAUUGGGGAUAAACAAUCUAUUUUUGGUUAUUUACUUGAUGGGAAUUGAGAUUGAUAAAUAUACGGCUAGUAAAAA